AAUAUUUCAUCUCAACUCAUAUAAUAAACUCAAAAAAUAUAUAAUCUUUCUGAUUACUUAUAUUAAUUUAUAUAUGAUGAAAAUCCCGUUCAUGAUGAUUUUUCCAUUUUUAUUUAUUAUUUUAACUUUAAGUUUAACAAAUACAAAAGCUGAUAAUCAUAAUUAUUCAAUCCAAGACACAUUAAUAAAAUGUCUUAAUUCCCAAUCUAAUCCAUCUUAUCCCAUCUCACCCCUCAUUUACGCACCAAAAAAUACAUCAUUUCCAACCGUUCUACAAACCUACAUACGAAACCUUCGAUUCAACACCUCCACAACUCGUAAACCCUUACUCAUUCUAACCGCGACCCAUGUUUCCCACAUUCAAGGAGCUAUCCUAUGUUCCAAACAAACCGGAAUCCAAAUGAAAAUCCGAAGUGGAGGACAUGAUUACGAAGCUCUAUCUUACGUAUCCAUUGUUCCUUUCUUUGUAGUUGAUAUGUUCAACCUUCGAAAAAUCGACGUAAACAUUGAUGAAGAGACUGCAUGGGUAGAAUCUGGAUCAACACUAGGAGAAGUGUAUUAUGCCAUUGCUAAUAAGAGUAAAAUCCAUGCUUUUCCUGCUGGGGUUUGCCCUACUGUUGGUGCUGGAGGACAUAUUACUGGAGCUGGGUAUGGAAAUAUGAUGAGGAAAUUUGGUCUUACUGUUGAUAAUCUUAUUGAUGCUAUAAUUGUGGAUGUUAAUGGUAGGAUACUUGAUCGAGCUUCCAUGGGGGAAGAUCUUUUUUGGGCUAUUGGAGGUGGUGGUGGAUCGAGUUUUUGCGUCAUAAUUUCGUAUAAAAUCAAAUUAGUACGUGUACCAGAAAAAGUUACGGUUUUUAAGGUUAGUAGAUUGUUGGAACAGAAUUUAACCGAUCUUGUAAUUCAGUACCAAAAUAUAGCACCUAAUUUGGAUCCUAAUGCUUUCAUUAGGCUUACCUUAGAUGUCACAAAUGAUACGAGUAUUACAAACCGAGCCACAUUUAGAUGCUUAUUUUUAGGCGAUGUAAAAUCGAUUUUAUCUAUUGUGAAGAAGAAUUUUCCUUUGUUGGGUCUAGAAAAGUCAGAUUGUCAUGAAAUGAGUUGGGUUGACUCGGUACUUUUUUACUCAGAUUUUGCCUUAGGAACCCCAGUUGAAACUUUAUUGAAUAGGCAGCCUGUGAAUAUAAAUUACCUAAAAAGAAAGUCGGAUUAUCUUCUAGAACCAAUUCCAAGAUAUGGAUUAGAAGGAUUAUGGAAAAAAAUGGCGGAAUUGAGAACUCCUCAGCUUACGUUUAACCCAUAUGGAGGAAAAAUGGCGGAGAUUUCAGCCGAUGCGACUCCAUUUCCGCAUAGGGCUGGACACUUAUUUAAGCUUCAAUAUGCGACGGAUUGGAAAGAAGGAGGAGAUGAUAGAGCGAAGUAUUAUAUAGAAUUGACGAGGAAAUUGCAUAGUUAUAUGACUCCUUUUGUGUCGAAAAACCCUAGGGAAGCAUUCUUGAAUUAUAGGGAUAUUGAUUUGGGGAUUAAUCAUCAAGGUUCUAGAAGUUAUGUUGAAGGAAAAAGAUAUGGAGUUAUGUAUUUUAAGGAUAAUUUUGAUAGGUUGGUUGAAAUUAAGACUAAGGUUGAUCCAACUAAUUUUUUUAGGAAUGAACAAAGUAUUCCGAUUCUUCCACAUUAAUGGGAUAAGUAUGUAAGUAAGUAAGCAUACAUCAUGGCUUGCUUAGCUUCAUAUUUCACCCGGCCCGUUCUGAAAUACUAGCGUUCUGAAAUACUAGCUUGCAAUGAUUGUGACAUAUUAUAUGGGAAAAUGCCACUAUCAGCUGCAAGUAUAAUAUAAUAUAUAUUACUAUCAAUUGCAAAUAUAAGAUCAACAGUUAGUAGUAUUGUUGCUAGAAAUUAAGUUUACUUAUAUGCAUUCAAUAAUUAUUUAUAUUUUGUUUAGUUGUACUGUUAAUAAGGCUUCUGAGUUUUUUUUUUAAUUUGUAUUGUUUAUUUGUAAUCUUUCAUGUAAAAUAUAUACUCAAUUUGUUUCAGUGAAUUUGUUUUAUUUGGUUUUUUAACACUGUUUACAGUUU